GUGAUUCAUUUAAAAAAGAGAAGCAAAAAGAAAAACAGUAACAGGGGGGAAAAAUCGAGUUAACGAUUAAACUAUUGUCCUGGGUGUGGCAAAGAAAAGCAGUGAGGCACGAAAGCAAAAAGAAAGCACCUUUUGUCCGGUAUCUUGUGGAUGGAGGUGUCAGAUUAAGGGAGACAGCAGGGGUCAGAGUUAAAGGGGCCAGAAGAGACAGAGAGAAAGAGCGAGAAAGAGAAGGACAGAGAUACAGAGACACUUGAGUAGGGGGCCUGUUCAAAAAGAGACAACUAGAAAAACUAACACAGGCCAGAAAGAGAGGUAUGGAUAGAUAGAGGCUGGUAGGCACCAGAUCCAGGGGGAGAGGGGACGUAGAGGGCCAGGCCAACGCACGCAGUAAGCAUGGGGGUAAAGGGCAAGGCUGCUGUGGCUAUUGUGGUUCUGCUGUUCUUCCUUGGCUUCAUGUGGCUCCUCUUCUUUUUCUUUACAGAGGGAAGUUUGGAUUACCAAUGGGGUUCCUGUCUUAAGAGCUACAAUCAGAUCAACAGGCCUCCCCAAUUUUCCAAUGUCAGUGAGGCAGAUAGCCCCGAAGACCGGGCCACCCUGAGGUUCUGUCCCGGUCACAAAUUCCAAAUCUCUGCGCUACUGUCGCACCUGCUCGCUGCCCCGGUCUCCACAAACGAUGUGCUGCUGCGGCCUUACCUGGCCAGCUGGGAUGAGCUCAUCAAGUUCAUGGAGGCUCUGGGUCCUAUGGUUGGACUCAUAUCUCAGGAGAUUGAAACCAAAACCUCCAUCAUCCGUGACCUGGCCCGGCGGGAGGCAGCUACCAGUGACGAGGGAGAACUGGGGCUAGAUGGGGGCAUAGGGCAUGGUGAGGGACAGGGGAUGGCGGAAAACUCUUUGGAGGCGCCGGGCAACGCCUACAUAUCUGUACGGUCUAUGAUCCGAACCGAGCUGAGCCGUGGCCUGGUGGACUUCCAGCGGACGACUGAAUCUGGGUGUCGUACUCUGCUCCGGCUGCACCGGGCCCUGCUCUGGCUGCAGGGCUUCCUGAUGAAGCUGGCUGAGAGUCCUUUGGACGGACAGCUGCGGAACCCCGCGGAACUCUGCCGUGAGGCCUAUCAGCACACCUUGGCCCAUCACCACACCUGGUUUGUACGAAGGGCAGCUGAGAUAGCCUUCAUCGCCAUGCCAGAGCGAGGCUUCUUCUACAGGCUUGUGUGCGUGACAAACCAGGAAGAGGCCAGUGUGGUGCUGAACAGGGUGGUCCGGGCCAUCGGAGAGGUAUAUGACAGGACUCAGGGGGCCCUGGAGGAGCAUAGAAUGCUGGACCUGCCUUAGGAUAGGAAGGACAUCACUCAAGUACUACUUUCACCCUGCUGAACUGACAAAGCCAAGCUGAGAAGUAUUGUGCUGGUUAUGCAUCCACCAGUAUUUGGAAUCAUACUGAUAAAGACCAUGUGAACAUUAAAUAUCAGAGAUUACACAGUACUGUUCUGGUUAGCAGUGGCACAAUUUAAGGACUCAGCCCAAAGUUAGUUUCACCCAAAAGGUUUAGACUUUUCGGUUUCCAUCUACCUUUGUCUCACUGGACCAUGGCUCUUUCAGACCUGCCUUUAGGAAACCUGGAGACCUUCAUGAAAGGAGCAGUUGUAAUCUGACCAAACUGCUGGUGAAAACAAUCAACUAAAGUUAAACUUGUUUUCAUCCUUGUACAAACCUGUUUCCAAAAAAGUUGGAACGCAGUGUAAAAUGGAAAUAAAAACCGAAUGCCAUGAUGUGCAAA